CGCUGCCCACCCCGCCCGCACCACCCUCCUCGCUGCCUGUACCGCUGCCUGCUCCUGCCCUGCCCGCAUCCCCGCUUCCACAGCCUGAACACCGCCCUCGCUGCCUGUCCGCUGCCCAUCCCACCGCUCCCUGCCCGGACAUCCCCCCCCUUUCUGUCCGUCCCCCCCCGUCCCUGCCCGCCCCCCGAUGCCGGCCCCGCGCCGCUGCCCGCCCUGGGCCAUGCAAUUCUUCUCGUACGAGACGCCCAAGUCGGUGGUGGUGAGGAGCUGGGUGGUGGGCGCCACGCACCGCGCCGUGCAGCUCCUCAUCCUCGCCUACUUCAUCGGCUGGGUGUUCCUCCACGAGAAAGCCUACCAGGUGCGGGACACCGUCAUCGAGUCCUCGGUGGUCACCAAGGUGAAGGGCAUCGGGCGCUACGCGGGGCGCGUGCUGGACACGGCCGACUACGUGACCCCCCCCCAGGGCACCUCCGUGUUCGUGGUGGUCACCAAGCAGAUCCUGACGGAGCAGCAGGCGCAGGGGCUGUGCCCCGAGAGCGAAGCCGCGUUCCGGUGCCGCAGCGACCGCGACUGCCGGGACAGGAGCCCCAGCAGCGGCAGCGGGCUGCUCACCGGCCGGUGCGUGCCCUACAACGAGACCCUGCGCACCUGCGAGAUCCGGGGCUGGUGCCCGCCCGAGGUGGACACGGUGGACGUCCCCCUCAUGCUGGAGGCCGAGAACUUCACCCUCUUCAUCAAGAACAGCAUCCGCUUCCCGCUCUUUGGCUUCGAGAAGGCCAACCUCCCCCCGCCCGGCGCCGUGCCCGGGGGGGACCUGGGGCGCUGCCGCUUCCACCCCCAGCUCCAACCGCUCUGCCCCAUCCUGCGCCUCGGGGACGUGGUGCGGCUCGCGGGGCAGGACUUCCGCACGCUGGCAGCCACCGGGGGGGUGCUGGCCAUCAAGAUCGGGUGGGUUUGCGACCUGGACCAGGGCGGGGAGCGCUGCCUGCCCCGCUACUCCUUCACCCGCCUGGACGGGCUCUCCCACGCCAUCGGCUACAACUUCAGGCACGCCCGGUACCACCGCUGCCAGGACGGCCCCGAGCGCCGCACCCUCACCAAAGCCUUCGGCAUCCGCUUCGAUGUGCUGGUGUACGGCCACGCAGGGAAGUUCGGCAUCGUCCCCACCCUCAUCAACGCGGUGGCCGCGUUCACCUCCAUCGGGGUGGGCACGGUGCUGUGCGACAUCAUCCUGCUCAACUUCCUGAAGGGAGCCGAGCACUACAAGGCCCGCAAGUUCGAGGAGGUGCCAGAGGUGGAUGUGGCAUCGUCCCCUGGCAGCCCCACGGCGCCGGGCCCCGGGGAGCUCGGCCUCUGCCCCCGGGACAAGCAAUCCACGGACUCGGGCACCUUCUCCCUUGGCCACUAGCGCCGGGCACAGGGAUGGGGGGGGACCCUGGGCUCCGGGGCAGUCCCAUAGGGGCCACCCAAGGCUUGCACCGGGGCCACGGUGCCCAGGGCUCAUUGGGACCCCCCAGAGGCUCCAACCGCUCCUCCUGACCCCGGUGCCCACCCUGGGUGCCCCAGCCCUGUCCCUGUGUCCCAGUGCCCAUCACUGCACGUCCCAGCCCUGCCCAUGUCCCCACGUGCCCCAAGCCCUGAGGUGCCACAUUCCCAUCCCCCCCCCCCAUGCCCAGGUCCCUGCAGCUCCCACAUCUCCACCCAGGGUGGCCGGGGGGGCUGGGGCUGCUUCCUGGGGCAAUGGGUGCUGCU